AUGGCGGAGCCGGAGCCGGAGCGAGCGGCGGGACCGGUGCAGAUCCGGGUGGCCGAAGCGGAGGAGAACGAGCCGCGGUGUCCGAGCCCAGCGGGCGGCGGCAGCUGCAGCGAAGACGAUUUCGGGCGGGGCGGCAGCAGUUUUGGAGAGAGCAAAUCCAGUGAAAAUGAUGGGGAUGACUCGUCCCCCGCUUGGAAGCCCCCCGAGCACGCUCUGAUCCUGAAGCUGGUGGCUCAGGUAGAAUAUUAUUUCUCCGAUGACAAUCUUGAGAGAGACGCUUUCCUCCUGAAGCACAUCCGGCGGAACAAGAUGGGGUACGUCAGUGUGAAGCUGCUGACCUCGUUCAAAAAGAUCAAACAGCUGACUCGGGACUGGAGGACCACAGCUUAUGCUCUGAAAUAUUCCAACCUUCUGGAGAUGAACGAAGAUGGCAGAAAAGUUCGCCGAAGCACCGCCGUUCCGGUGUUCCCAGGUGAAAACCUCCCUAGCCGGAUGCUUCUCGUCUACGAUAUCUCCCCAACCCAAGAUCCGCACCCUGUGGAUGAAGGACAGGAGAACGGACAAAUUCGAGAGAAGGUCAUGGAGCAUCUCCUCAGGGCCUUCAUCCAGUUUGGUGUCAUCAUGUCUGUCCGGAUUCUCAAGCCCGGGAGGGACCUUCCACCGGAUAUCAAGAAGUUCAGUGGCCGUUACAGCCCGGUGGGAACUCAAGAAUGCGCCAUCGUUGAGUUCGAAGAGGUGGAGGCUGCCGUCAAAGCUCACGACUCGUUCUGCACCACGGACAAAGCCGCCAUGAAGGUCAUCCUCAUUGGCACGAAGCCUCCAAAGAAGAAGGUCCUCAAGGAGAAAAACCAGAACAAAAACUCUGCCAAGGAUCCAGCCAAGACCCAUUCGAUGAAUAGGAGAGUCGAGGAGCUUCAAGACGUGGGUGAAGACUUGUCAGCCAACAGCUCCUCGGAUCAAGAGAGCGAUCCGACGUCUCCCAUGCCGAGGAGAAGCAGCUCCUCCAACAGAUUAAGUCCUUCGGCCUAUCCAAACCACCACCUGAGCCCAAACGUGUCCCCCAGGUCGAGUCCCUGGAACAGUCCUUCCUCCCUACGGAAAACAUCCAGGAUGUCUCCGCUGGCAGAGGACGGAAGAGCCUUUCUGAGCACCAGUCCUGAGAUGGCCAAACGAUCCGAUUACUCUUCGGACAGUAGCAUCACUCCCUCAAGUAGCCCCUGGGUUCAACGACGGCAGCAAGCUCGGACUCUGGCCCGGGAGAAGACUCCUGUGGUUAGCCCAGAGCCCAGCGUCAAAAUGGCCACCAUGGCUGGACUGUCCGUUGGGGUCUUGCGUUUGCCCAGGGGGCCGGACGGAACAAAGGGCUUUUACAACGAAAGGAACAAAGUUGUCAAGGAUGAAUAAACUCUGUUUUGGAGCCGUCCUUGGU